AUGAGUACUGCUUCCCUUCUCGAAAAGGGCGAAAAUAGGGUCCCUGUUUCCGCCCUUAUGACUAUGUUUCAGAUUUACUUCAACAACAUUCAUAUGAUGGAUUUCAUUCAUCUUGUUAGCCCGACGGAUAUCAGGGAAGUCGCCAUCGAAGGCCCUUUGAUUGUCGAAGAAGUCGUUUUUACUCCUCCUCAAGGAGCAUUGCUGGACCCGGUUCCUUCAUAUGAGCAGGCAACAAUCUCCGGAGUUGUCCCCGUGGCUGAUCUACAACGGUUGAAUUUAGGAACGUCAAGUAAAUCACCGUCCAUGGGACCUGGUCCACCUCAACCUGCUCCGGUUCCGUCGCCUUAUUCCGUGCUCACUCCGACUCCUGCUCCCCCUCAGAUCGGACUCUCUUCUUCCAUAAUCAAUCAGCCAAUGCCCGGCAUUCCAGCACCUGCCGGUACCAUAAAGGAGGCGUCAGAGUUGCCACAGAAUCGCUCACAGUCCAAUUCUGUAUCUCUGAAUCCCUUCGAGCAGAGCAGCUCCUCUGGCAAACAGCCGAUAUACGAAAAUACACCUUCGUACGUACCGACGCCAUUCCAACAGGCUCAGAGCACAUCAUCGUCGUCGAGUGCGACCCCAUACUAUGUCACAUCUCCUCCUGAAACACCCUACCCUUCUCAGUCCUCUAUACAGCCCCCACAACCACAGCAGUUCACUACUCAACCUAUUCAGCCGUAUCAGUCACCUCCUUACCCAACAGUCUCCCAAAACCCAAUGGCUCCUUAUUCUUCUACUCCUCAAGCUGCAAUGGCUCCCUAUCCAUCUAGCUCCCAAGCACCGUUUAUGACCCAACAAAAUCUUCCAGGCUCAGUUCCACAGCAACCUAUGCCACAGCCAUAUGGCGCCCCACAGCAGUACCCUUAUGCUGCUCAGAACCCCUAUAUGAACCCACACCAGUAUCCGCAAGCGCCAGUUGGAAUGCAGGUGAUUUUUACGGCCUUGUUCACUUGA